UUCAAACGUGUGAGUUUGAAAUUAAAUCAUUAUGGUCAAUCAUUCAAACGCCGAAUUGAAUGAUAUGAUCCUAAUGUACGAGCUAGUGGGAACAUCUCCAACGAGUGCAGGCUUUCCAGAAUUCAAUCCGUGUAAUUUUUUGUGGGCUCACAUGAAACAACUAGUGUUCAAAUGGUGCUCCAAUUAAUACCGUCAAGGAGCUGACCGUUCACAAGGGGAUGUGUGCAAGUCAGCAAGAUUUCCUACCCUGAAGGGUUCAAGCCUGCAUUGCUUAACCUUGCUUUUAUACGCAACAUGUUGCAAAACGGGCGACGCCUCGGAGCCCUCUGUACCGCGGUCCAAAAUUUAUCGUUAAAUCGGAACCUUUUGGCCCGACAUAAUUUAAAAUUAUCGCAACGACGGUUUAAAAAAAACGAUAGUUCCAUAUCAUCCCUGUUCAUUCCUGUGCCUGUGAAACCAAACCCUGACGAUAUAAAUGUGGGGGCCGAACUGACUGGCAAUUUAAACAAAGCCGAUUUGCUCAAGGUCCUCAAUAAGUUCUACCAAAAGAAGGAAAUCAAGCAAUUACUUACGGAAAAUGGGCUUGAUAACUAUCUGCAACACCAAGCGUACGUUAGCUUCCGGCGGUACUGUCUCGAAGCGCAGACUUUACCUGUCGAUUUGCACGUUGUUGUGAGCGAUGUUUUACAAGGAGCUGGGAACAUUACCGAUAUUUUCCCGUAUUUUUUACGCCACGCCAAGCAAAUGUUCCCACAUUUGGAAUGCAUGGACGAUUUAAGAAAAAUCUCGGAUCUGCGAACCCCAGCUAACUGGUACCCCGAGGCCAGGGCUUUGAACCGCAAAAUUAUUUUUCAUGCGGGCCCCACUAACUCGGGCAAGACAUUUCACGCGUUAGAGAGUUUCAUUACUGCCAAAUCGGGGGUUUACUGUGGCCCCCUUAAACUACUAGCCGCCGAAGUGUACAAAAAAAGUAAUUCAAGGGGCACUCCGUGUGAUUUGGUAACGGGCGAAGAACGGAAAUACGCUGACUCGUCCGGACAGCCCUCGACUCAUGUUUCUUGCACUGUGGAAAUGGCUUCGCUAACUGCACCUUAUGAGGUUGCGGUUAUUGAUGAAAUUCAGAUGGUGAGGGAUCAUCAGAGGGGGUGGGCGUGGACUAGGGCCUUUUUGGGGCUGGUCGCUGAGGAGAUACACCUGUGUGGGGAGGCUGGUGCCAUUGAUUUGAUAAGCCAGUUGUGUUUGACGACAAAUGAGGAUAUUGAAGUGAGGCAUUAUAAAAGACUGACUGAUUUAAAAGUAGAAGACACAGCUCUAGGCAGUUUGGACAACGUGAUGCCGGGCGACUGCAUCGUCUGCUUCAGCAAAAACGACAUUUACUCAGUCUCACGCGGCAUCGAAGCGACCGGUAAAGAAGUCGCCGUGAUAUACGGGGGCCUCCCUCCCGGCACCAAGCUGGCCCAAGCCGCCAAAUUCAACGACCCGGAAAACAGUUGCAAAAUUUUGGUCGCCACCGACGCCAUCGGAAUGGGCCUCAACUUGAGCAUCCGCCGCGUUAUCUUCUACUCACUCAUCAAACCCACGAUGAACGAAAAGGGCGAGAAGGAAAUGGACACGAUUUCAGUCUCAGCCGCCCUGCAAAUCGCCGGAAGGGCUGGCAGAUACGGAACGCAAUGGGAGCAAGGUUUCGUCACAACCUUCAAGCCUGAAGACUUGAAAACAUUGAAGACGUUGCUGGAGUCGCUCCCCGAGCCCAUAACCCAGGCGGGGCUCCACCCCACGGCCGAGCAAAUCGAGCUCUACGCCUACCACUUGCCCAACUCAACCCUUAGCAAUUUGAUGGACAUUUUCGUUAGUUUAUCAACGGUUGAUGAUUCCCUAUAUUUUAUGUGUAACGUGGAGGACUUUAAAUUUUUGGCCGAUAUGAUCCAGCACGUCCCCUUGCCACUGCGGGCCCGUUAUGUCUUUUGUUGCGCCCCCAUUAGCAAGAAAAUGCCGUUUGUGUGCACAAUGUUUCUGAAAUUCACUCGGCAGUACAGCAAGAAUGAACCGAUUACUUUCGACUGGCUUUGUCGUAAUAUUGGGUGGCCCUUGCAGCCCCCGAAGACAAUCAUUGAUCUCGUGCAUCUGGAGGCUGUGUUCGAUGUGCUGGAUUUGUAUCUGUGGUUGAGUUACCGCUUCAUGGAUUUGUUUAACGAGCCUGAUUUGGUGCGAGAUAUGCAGAAGGAGUUGGACGUGAUUAUUCAACAGGGGGUGGUCCAGUUGACGAGGUUGCUGCGGAAUUCCGAGACGGGGGCCCGGGGCGCCGAUGAGGAGCAGUUUGCGUUGAAUAGGCAAAAGCAGUCGUAUUUGAGAGAGUCGAAGGCGCUGCUUGGGAGGGGUAGGUUGACUGAGAGGCUGCUGGCGCAGGGGAUUUUGACGCCGCACAUGUUGCACGAGCUGAAGAAGGAGUGGAAGGGCGGGGAUGAAGAGGGCGAUGGUGAUGACGAGCCGAAGAAGCCGACGAGGAGGAAACGGAAGAAGUAGGGUCCGAAAUAUACAAAAUCUAUUUUUACAAACAUCUAUUUAUGCUAGAGAGAAAAUUGUACAUUGAUUUGUGCUUAAUUACGUUCGGAACAUUGAAUUUGAACGGGUUGUUAAGCCACUGUUACAAUAAAAUAUAAAAAUAGAUACAAAAA